AUGCAGUACAAGUCUUUCGCAGCUCUCCUCUUCGCCAGCAUGGCCAUCGCCGCCCCGGCCGACACCAGUGGAUCUGUAGAAGAGAACCUUUCGGAUAUCAUCCCCCCUUCUAUUGCCGUGGUUCUCGCAACCGCCGUCCCAACCUCAUUCUGGGCCGAAGCCACCAACACCGCCGCUUUCCUUUCCCAAGUCGAGCAAGGCAUCGUCUCUAACUCCUGGCCCACCUGGUACAGCAGCCUUCCGGACAGCGUGAAGGAGUAUGUCACCACUGCCGUCGAGGGCUACUAUCCUUCCUUCGCAUCGUCCAUCUCCGCCGAGAUCACCAGCUCUGGCGGCAGCAGCUCUAGCCCCAGCACUGCCACCGCGACCUCCACCGGUGCUUCUAGCUCUGGCGCUUCUAGCUCUGGCACGUCAUCCUCGGGCGCGUCGUCCUCUGGUGCAUCGUCUUCUGACGCUUCAUCCUCUACCGAUUCUACUUCUGCUACGGAUUCAUCAUCUUCCUCCACUGCCACUGGCUCGGACGCUGCUUCGUCCUCGGCUUCGGUAUCAGCGUCUGGAUCUGCUGCAUCCACCACUGCUGAUGGUGGUGCUGCCCCUACUGGUAUCGCCAUGAGCCUUGCUGGUGCCGCUGGUGUUCUGGGUCUUGCUCUCGCCCUGUAA